AUGCACAGAUUCGAUACCAUCAUCAGUAUCUGUACCGAUAUCGAAAAACUUCUGGGUUGGUUUGGGUAUCGCGGAGAACCUUUGGCCCUACCCAAGGUGCAGUGUCCAAACCACCCUGAUGCCAUUCUGGUGGAGGACUACAGAGCAGGAGACAUGAUUUGUCCUGAAUGUGGCCUUGUUGUAGGUGACCGUGUAAUCGAUGUGGGCUCAGAGUGGAGGACAUUUUCCAACGAGAAAGCUCUCAAAGAUCCUUCCAGAGUAGGAGACGCUCAGAACCCACUGCUCAAUGGAGGAGACUUGACCACCAUGAUCAGCAAGGGAACAGGAGCUGCUAGUUUUGAUGAGUUUGGAAACUCCAAGUAUCAGAACCGGAGGACCAUGAGCAGCUCUGACCGGGCCAUGCUGAACGCCUUUCAAGAGAUCAGCACCAUGGCCGAUCGCAUCAAUCUGCCAAGGAACAUAGUGGUAAGUUCAAACCCGGAGCCAAGCAGAGGAGCUGCGCUAAGAACUCUCAUCUGCUGGAGCUCAGAACUGAUGCUUGGUUCUGUUGGCCCAGUCAGGCGAGUUCUGGACCCCUCGUCUGCACAGAGUCAGACUCCUUAG